UCGUGUUUCACAGCUUCUUUCUUCUCUGACAGACGCAGAGUUUGCUCUGGUCAAGUGGAAGGCAGUGAAAGGAAGUUCUCGCUGGCUUGAGAAGAGCGGCAGAUCUUUCCGGCGCCAUGGCCUCAACCCCCUCCACCACUCCUGCGACCCCUGCUUACUGCAACUGGAAUCCGGAAGACGCUUCUUUUCCGGAACAAUUUGCAUGGGGCGCCUCAACCUCAGCCUAUCAGAUUGAAGGAGGCUGGGAUGCAGAUGGAAAAGGCCCCAGCGUUUGGGACACGUUCGCCCACCAGGCGGGAGAGCGGGUCUUCGAGAACCAGACCGGCGACGUCGCUUGCAGCAGCUACGCUCUGUGGGAGGAAGAUUUGAAAUGUAUCAAACAGCUUGGCUUGACUCAUUACCGCUUCUCUCUUUCCUGGUCACGUCUGUUACCUGAUGGGACGACAGGUUUCGUCAACCAGAAAGGAGUUGAUUAUUAUAACAGAGUGAUUGACGGCUUGCUAGCCAACAGCGUGGCGCCCAUGGUUACACUGUAUCACUUUGACUUGCCGCAGUGUUUGGAAGAUCGGGGCGGCUGGCGAUCGGGUGCGACCGUGGAAGCCUUUGAUGCCUAUGCCCGCUUCUGCUUCCGAACCUUCGGGGACAGAGUGAAGCUGUGGAUCACCAUAAACGAACCGUACAUUGUUGCAGAGCUCGGCUAUGAAAAAGGCACCAUGGCCCCAGGUAUUCGAGAACCUGGUACCGGGGCGUACCUGUCCGCUCAUCACAUGAUCAGAGCUCAUGCUGCAGCCUGGCACACUUACGAUAAAGUGUUCCGGAAGCAGCAGGGUGGACUCGUGUCGAUAGCGCUCAACUCGGACUGGGCGGAGCCCUUUCACCCGCAUUCCCCGGACGACCAGGAAGCAGCUAAGAGGUAUAUGGGAUUUUGCCUGGAUUGGUUCGCUACCCCAAUCUUUCUGAACGGGGACUAUCCGGCCGUCAUGAAAUCCAAGAUCUCUGCUAUGAGCAAAAAGCAAGGGUGUCCCUCAUCGAGGCUUCCAGAAUUUACCCAGGAAGAGAAGAUGGCAAUCAAAGGCACUGCUGAUUUCUUUGCUCUGAAUUACUAUACUACCCGCAGAAUUAAGCACCAGGAUUAUACCUGUAAUCAGCCGAGUAGGACUGGAGACGUAGAAGCAGAGCAAGUGACAGAUCCAUCGUGGCCCGUCGCAACGGGCAGCUCUUGGCUGGCUGUUGUUCCGUGGGGUUUGCGCCACCUCUUGAAAUACAUCAAGGAUACAUAUAAUCAUCCUAUAAUUUACAUCACCGAAAAUGGGUUUUCCCAAAGUGACCCCGCUCCACUCGAUGACUCUCAACGCUGGGAGUAUUUUAGGCUGACUCUACAGGAGAUUUUAAAAGCCAUUUACAUCGACGAUGUCCGAGUGAGAGGCUAUUUUGUGUGGUCCUUGCUAGACAACUUCGAAUGGACUUGUGGAUACAGAAGUCGAUUUGGGCUCUUCCACGUGGAUUUUGAAAACGCGGCGCUCCCUCGAGUCCCUUACAAAUCUGCUAUCGAAUACACCAAAGUCAUUGCCAACAACGGGCUGAUGGAUUUGCACGGGUGAUCUGAGCAAAUGCCUUUUGAUGCGGUCCAUGGACUUAUCGCCGCAAGUCUUUAUGGGACAAGAUCUUUUAAACCGUCCCUCGGAAAUUGCUGCUUGUGUAUCUUUUUGGAAAACUUAAAAUGGCUUGGAAUUUGGCUUGUCACCAGAUUUUAACAGA